GGGCGCGCGUGCACAGCUUCCUCGUGCUUUUGUUUGAACCUGCUCAGAUCAGACUGGGUCUAGAUAGAACCAGGGUGUGUGUGUGUUUUCCAACGGGCGGAUCGAGCCCUUUAAGGCGUUUAUGUAACGCUGCCGUACCGCCGCCUGUCACACUCCGAGCGGUCAAAGGCGCGGAUGGCGAUCGGGACGACGCGGUUGGAGCCCCCCGGACCGCCGUCUGCGCCGCACCGACUACACCACCAGCCGUUCAGCAGGGGGAUGACGCCAUUUCUGAGCCGAAAUGUGCUCCGCGAUAUUGACGCCUCUUCACCGAGCCGUUUUCCUCCGGGACUCGGACUUCUUUCUUCUUGUUCGCCUUCCGCUUCUCCAGAAACAGCGUCUCCGCAGACGCAGAAUCAUGAGCUGUGUCGCAAUGUCCAACCAUAAGUUGAAUAAAGUGCGACUCGGCGGCGGUGACACGUUAAAAAAAGUCUCCCCCGAAAACAUGUCAGCAGCUGAGCUACCGGGCUGGCGGUUCCGCUCCCGACAAAGAAAGAAAGUCGACGAAACGGUUCGCAACAAGGUCAAGCUCGGUCUGCGCCGCUGCAACGUCGCCUUCAUUUAAAAUUAUUUUUUUAAACGUGUAUUUUUGUAAGGAGCCAAGGUCGAAGCCCCCGUUUUGUGGCUCCGGAAUACCGCGGAGGAUACAAUGUCAUCCGCCCCAGACGGUGACCGACCACCGACAACCGACAACCGCCUCGAAACACGGGAAUCCAUUUAAACCCGAGUCCUCAACGAUUUCUGUCCGUUGACGUUAGCCUGAAACGAUGGCCGGAGCCUCUGAAGCCGCAUCUGACCGAAUCCUGCUGGAACCGUACAAGUACCUGUUGCAGCUUCCAGGAAAGCAAGUCAGAACAAAGCUAGCACAAGCAUUUAACCACUGGUUGAAUAUUCCUGAUGACAAACUGCAGGUGAUCAUAGGGGUGACGGAGAUGCUCCACAACGCCAGUUUGUUGAUAGACGACAUUGAGGACAACUCCAAGCUGCGCCGGGGCUUCCCGGUGGCCCACAGCAUCUACGGCAUCCCCUCCGUCAUCAACUCCGCCAACUACGUCUACUUCCUGGGCUUGGAGAAGGUCCUGACUCUGGAUCAUCCAGAAGCGGUGCGAGUUUUCACCCGCCAGCUGCUGGAGCUGCACCGCGGCCAGGGCCUGGACAUCCACUGGAGGGACACCUACACCUGUCCCACGGAGGAGGAGUACCGCAGCAUGGUGCUGCAGAAGACCGGCGGGCUGUUCGGGCUGGCCGUGGGACUCAUGCAGCUCUUUUCCGAGUGGAAGCAGGACCUCAAACCCCUGCUGGACACCAUGGGUCUCUUUUUCCAGAUCCGGGACGAUUACGCCAACCUGAGCUCCAGCGAGUACAGCGAGAACAAGAGUUUCUGCGAGGACCUGACCGAGGGCAAGUUCUCCUUCCCCACCAUCCACGCCAUAUGGUCGCGCCCGGAGAGCACCCAGGUGCAGAACAUCCUGAGGCAGCGCACGGAGAACAUGGACAUCAAACGCUACUGCGUGGACUACCUGGAGAAGGUCGGCUCCUUCGCCUACACCCGGCACACGCUGAGGGAUCUGGAGGUGGAGGCGUACCGGCUCAUUAGGGGCCUGGGGGGGAACCCUCAGCUGGAGGCUCUGGUCAAACAGCUCAGCCAGAUGCACCACGAGGCUGAAGCCACAGCCAACUCCAGCGGUGGGCCCGACGCCAGCCCAAAGCACUGAUCCAAGCUCCUCCCACUCCCGCUGACGCACAGAGCACACGCAACCGAUGCCUUACUUGAAUUUGAACCCUUUUUACAGAAACCCUUCCGAGGCCUUCCUUCUGAUGUGCAUUACGGUCUGAUCUCCUUGAUGUUUGAAUGACAGGUGGGGGUUUUCUCAUAGAUGGCCGCGUCGGACCCGCCCCAAAAGAGCGUGCGUCCAGAAUCGAUGCGGAUCAAACGUUGAAGCGGCGUGAACGCUGCUCUGAUGGGAAAUCUUGUUUUUCUAGGUUGAAUAAAAAAAAUCUAAUGUGGAACGGAGAUUUGUCUGAGAUUGAAAUUACAUUUCUGUUACAUCUGAACAAAUGGAUUCAAAUGGAUCUUUUACCAGAUAUAUUUGUCAAAUCUAUUCAGGCGGUUUGUCUCCAAAGAAACGACUAUUUCUUUUAAAGCCAAUAGAAGUUUCUUUUUAACCUGUAAGUCAAUUAUUUCAUAAGUAAAAGUCAUUUUUGUUCAGCUUGUAUCACUGAAAAAAAAACGUUUUCUAUGUGAACAGAAUUUGUUUUAAAAAAAAACAUAAUCAAAAGGUGAAUUUUAUGGAAUAAAUUGAGGAUUUUGGCA